UAAUAUCAUUGUGGAAUUUAUGAAGAAACAAUUGUCAUGCCUUCUGCUAAUAGUAGCAUUCAAAUGUUCGAUAUUUUUAUAUCAAUGUCUUCGUCCAUUCAGAACGCGUGAUCCGUCAUCUGAAUUUUAUUUCGGCGAGAAUUAUAGGUCCUUAGGGAAUGAAAUUCGUAAUCAAGUAAAAUUACACGUGACAUUAUGCAAAAUUGCGAAGAGAAAAGUUCCAAUGGAUCGUUUGAAUAUACAUACAAGGUGCUAUGCCGCGAGAAAAACAUAAAACCUUUACCAACAAUACAAAUGUAUCUGCAAAAGAAUUGCUUGCGAUUUUGUGCCGAUUAUAUAAAUUUGAAAGACUGGUUGCCACUAUUGAACAGUAUAAUGGAAGAUCGAAGUCUGUCCAAAAUUUAUAUAUAUAGUCAAUGUCGCAAUAAAAAGAUUAGAGGAAAAAUGGACAUAGAACAGAAACUUAUAAAAUUAUGUAAGUUUGAGCUUGCAGGUGACGCCGCGACAAAGAGACAAUCAAAAGAAGAAUUAAAAAAUAUGAAAAUGGCAAAAAACGAUGAUAUAAACUCGCAAAUCGUAAAAUGGCAAAUGGAUUGGCAUUCUGCUCGCACAUUCAGGAGAUGCGCACGAAAGGACCGACGGCAGCCAGUAUUGUACACGAACUGUCUUCUACAAUGCUUCGUUCAUUCCGUCGCAGUCUGUCUGAAGAAUUCGUUGAUGAUUACCAUCCUCACACUUGAUGGUAUCCCUCUGGCACCUAAAUAUCUAAGGAUCCUUGCUGAUGGCUUGGCAAAUAAUCGUAAUCUGCAAAACUUGUCAUUGGCCAGAUGUCGAAUAGGUGAUAUGGGAUGUUAUAUGUUGUUGGAAAGUUUGCAGUGUAAUUCAAAUCUUCAUGUUCUGAAUCUAUCGUCAUGCUGCCUUACUAAUAGAAGUGCUACGUAUUUGUCAUUUUUCUUCAAAAAGAGGAAAGCAGAUUUGUUGCAAAAUGUUUGGAAGGAGUCAACAUUAUCUCGUGAUGCUCAUACAACGGUGGAAGAAGGAUUGCAAGUAUUAAUACUUGAUAAAAAUUACCGAUUUAGUGAUAUUGGUUUGAAGCAGUUGAUACGUAUAUUGAAAAAUGACUUUUGGCUCAAAACAUUAUGUUUACGAUGUUGCGGAAUUACUCAACGCGGAGGAGAAAUUGCAUUGGAACUUUUACAAACAAAUAGCGUACUUAUGCAGAUUGAUCUCAGGGAUAAUGAAGUGUCGGCCGAUAUAUUACAAAUUAUUCGCAAGUUUCUAAAAAAAAGGAAAAGCAAAGGGGAAAGAAUACCAAUGAAGAAAAGAUUAUUGAGCCACAAACACUUCCUUGUACAAGAUAUGGUUCCUAAGAAUAGAUCUUGUCAGCAUGUAUCAAAAGAGAACAGAUUUUUCAAAAUUCAAACUCAUGCUCAAAUAAAAAUGCAGAAAGAUAGCAUUUUACAAAUGCAAAAAACAAGACACGUAUGCAAGCCGAAAAGAAGUGAUAAAAAAUAUAAAUUGCACACUGCAGUGAACAAAAGUCGUAUCAAGUGGUACAAAGCGGACGAAUUAAAAAAUCGCUUAUCUCUCAUGAUUGAACACAAUCAGAACUUAAUACGGGACUUAGAAACGAACACCAAUUUUCUAUUGGAGGAAAGAGAUCGCCGUUUGAAUGCCGAAGAAGCAUAUCAUAAAAUACAACCCCGACUGAGGAAUCUCAAAAAUAAAAUUGCUAUGCAAAAUUCUAUUCAAUCAAAUAUGCGUUACGAAAAUCAAGUUUACGCGAAUCUACAAAACGUAUUCAAUGAUUUGAAAAUAUCUACAAACGGGAAAAUAUUAAGAGUGGAUGACAAAAGUCUUAGCGAAGAAGCUAACGAAAACAAAAUUAAAUCUAAUGUUUCUUACAAUAAAAAUCAACCGUUUAAAAAUGACAUUGCCCAAUUUUUUCACAAAAGAUAG